AUGCAAGGGUGGCGCCAUGGAGACGGAAAAGCAAAACGAUAUAUGAGAUCAUUAGGGAUAUCAUGGUUGGUUGGAAGCACACCUCCAGGACCCAAGGUGUACUCUUGCAUUACCCUCGUUGUCGUGAUUGCAGUCACUUUGACACAACGAAGCGGAUUGAACUCGGUAGACUUGUUGUCGAUACCCAUCCCCAUGCUUCCGUUGACAGGCAAGAAAGAAUUGGCCAAGACUAAGAUGCAUAUUCUUUACCAGGAUUGGAGAGGUACUUCUCUUGAAUCUAUCGAUCGGUGGACUUUCAGCCACAAAUGGCAUGGCUCGUUAGACCUGGGCGAGAUUGAGAUGAAGAAGGUUGUGGCUCCUGAACUUUCGAUUGUGGGCUCUGAGGAGUACGGCGACAAGAAAUCACUAUCUGAAUUGAAAGAACAUCUUAUCAAACAUUUCAAGGUUACGCUAGAAGGUUCUUGGGAGCAGAAUCAAGCAUCAGUCUUGCUCGAUCAACUUCAAGCGUUAUGCUCUCCAACCAGCAAGUCUGAUCAGUCCGCUUUUCAAAUAUGUGAUAUUCAGCAUGAUACACACUGGAAAUUGAGUGAUAACUUGUUGAGCGACGAUAUAUCUUUGGUAGGCUCCGAUGUUUCUUUGGCAAGAAGGGCGUUGGAUUUUGCAGCUCCUCGUUCAGCGAAGGUAGAUGGCGAUAGUGGUGUCGUUAGAUCGCACAGACUUCAAUUUGCCUUGAUGAAGUUUGUGACUAAUUGGGGGCACAAGGAAAAAGUAGUCAACCAGAUUCUUCAGCGCAAAUUUGGUUCACAACUUGAUGUUGACGUUGGUUACAUCGACCUCACUUCUGUCACCACCUACGAAGAUAGGGAGAGGUUUCAAGCAUUCAAAGCUCCAGAACUAUUAUUCAUGAUGGAAUCGUGGAGCUUGCUCCCUCAGCAUCUGCACAAGGUCGAUGGAUUGAAGUAUGUUGUUCGACGACAACAGGGAUUAAAUCAUCCAUAUUAUGGUCCUACGACGGCAGUCUCCUGGCCGACAAAUAUGCAGAAUUCUUAUCAGGAAUAUAUGGAUUAUUCGUUUAACAAUGACGACUAUGGAGCAAGUAAUAACCCUGACGAAGACAUUGCUGAAUGCAUGGCAGCAUACGUGCUACACCCUAUGCUGCUACAAGUAAGAGCGCCUGUCAAAGAAGAGUUUAUUCGCAAACAAAUCAUGAGGAAUACACGAUACCUGGAAAAUCCUAUUUUCACUUUCAAGAUAGAAAAUGAGGAACCUUAUCGAAGAUAUCCACCUUCGGUGAACAACAUAGAUAUUCGUGUGGAAGGAGAUCCGAAUGACGACAAGACUGUUGAGAUGAAGAUGCUUGUUGAUGUUGGACACGGACCAAAUGGUGGUUCAAAAACUUUAACUCUUUAUCCGGACGCGGUCGAAGAAGAAAGUGGCGGUUCAAUUACAAUGCGUACAACUGAAGUAUUCAGCAAAUAUUGUGAAAAUGGCUUCUGGUCGGCCUCUCAGAUAAAGAUGGUCGAUAAAAUCGGGUCCGAACGUUGGAUUAAGGUGGAUGAGUACUCAUGGCGCCUGUACCUCAAUAAUGCCAUGGGUACCACUUGGGCACCAAGAUAUUUGUCUCAAACCUUGAAAUUGACGAAAACUUUGGAGAAGGACGACGAAUCAGGAUCGCAUUAUCCAGUUGUGACAGCAACCAUUAGGUUUCAACAAACCGGAGCUCCCCUCGAUGAAAAGUCACCAGUGUGGAUGAGGCUGGCUUCGAAGCCAAGUGCACAGGGGGGGGGGAUGACUGGAAGCGAAUGGGAUGGGAGCGGAACAAGCUCUUAUUCAUAUCCACUGUAUCAAGCAGGUACUUGCGUUCAGGACCAGAACUCUUGGGAUGGCGUAUGCACUGUCUCGUGGAAGCUGUCUCCAUAUUCUGCAGCUGGUCAAUAUUAUGUCUCCAUGAUUCAGCUGAGAGAUGUUGCUAGUAAUACAAGAAAUCAGUUUUUCACGCAGCAGAAGCCUGGAUGGACCUGCUGUGGGAGAGUAGGAAAUACCCCAAACGACGAAUUUCCUGUUCUCAUGGAAUUGCAACAAUGCGCACAAGGAACUGAAUUGUCUGUUGACAAUAUCUGUGUUGUUCAGGAUCUGAGUCCACCAAGUUUAGCUCCUGAGAGCAUCAAAAUUCAAGUAGAACCAGCUGAAAGUUCACAUCAUAACGGAGCUUCUGUUGUGAAAAUCCAAUUCAAGGCAAAAGAUGAUAAAUCUGGAGUUGGCACUGUCGCAUACCGGCUAAUGGAUCCUCAGGGUUUCUCACACCAGGGCUACAUGACGCAUGAGAAUGAGUACGGACCUGUUUUCCAUGGAGACCCAACCGCUUGGAAGGAGUACACCCUGACAGUAGAGCUUGCAAAGGGAAGCCCUCCUGGGAAGUGGCAGCUCGAGAGUUUAGACAUCCAUGACAAGGCGGGGAAUCGAAAGCAUCAUCAAUUCAUUGAACUGCUUCAGUUUGAGGCCUCGCAUUGA